AUGGCGCGCCCACGACGAGCAUCUGCCGCGUCCGAUCUCAGUUCUGUGCCCGAUCAGAAUCAGGAACUAGGAAGUAUGUACGACUACCUGGCCAAAAUCGUCCUCCUAGGCCCCAGCGGCACCGGCAAAUCCUGCAUGCUGCACCGCUUCGUAAAGAACGAAUGGCGCGUGCUGUCUUCCCAGACCAUCGGCGUCGAGUUCUCUUCCAAAAUAAUAAAGAUAGGCACACCACCCAAUCGUUCGAAACGGAUCAAGUUGCAGCUCUGGGACACGGCGGGCACAGAGCGGUUUCGAAGCGUGAGUCGGAGUUACUACAGGGGUGCAGCAGGAGCCAUACUGGUCUACGAUGUCGCAAGCAUGGCGAGUUUCCAGGCGUUGCCGACCUUUCUAAGUGAUGCGCGGGCGCUGGCUAGUCCGCAGUUGACGGUGAUUUUGGCGGGCAACAAAUCGGAUUUGGCAGACGAGUCGCUACAACCACACGGGCAAGGAGGUCAAACUCAUGCGAGAACGCAAGCGGAUGAAUCCGGCACUACACCUGCUGCAUCGAGCGCGUCAAGUCGACAGUCAUAUUUCCCAUACGAUUCUGGAGGAGGAGGGAGCGCCGCCGACUCUCUGAAGACGACCUCCAGUCGUUCUCGCGGGGACAGCAUGAAUCUCUCAAAAUGGACAGCAACACAAUCGGUCGAGGGUCGCGAAGUCAGCACCGAGGUCGCCUCACGGUGGGCCUCGAAAGUCCAUAUUCCCGUCACGAUGGAAGUCUCGGCUCUCACGGGCGAAAAUGUCGAUGCACUGUUCUACCGGCUAGCGGCCAUGAUCCUGACCAAGAUCGAGCUGGGAGAGAUCGAUCCGGACGACCCCGCAAGUGGCAUUCAGUAUGGCGACGGUGCCAUGGGGGCCGACGGGGACAGUAUAACUACCGAUGGAGGCACUGUGAGGAGGCGGAAGGGAGGAAGAGGGGGGACGGUAAGGAACGGAGUGCUCACCAGUCUGGGCGAGUGGGAAGAUGUGUUUCGCAGACCAGCCUCAAGAGGAGGGCGAGGGCGGUGUUGUUGA